AUGACAGCAAACCCGCCGACGUCUCUCACGAUGGGCUCGAGUCUCCGCAACCAGGUUCCGGCGUGUGACCACAUGUGUGUGGUGGCUCUCCGGAGCCGCGCCGACGCGCCCACGCUCCACGUUGUCGUGCCCAGCGCCACCGUGUGGCAGCAGCAGAUUUCCCGCGAUGAAUUUGUUGUAGGCUGGUGUCAUGGCGUCGCUGCCACAGCUCAACCGACACGCAGGCUAUCCCGAUUUCGUUCUCAAUGGAUUGAGCUCGUUAUACCUACGGACACUGAUUGCGAUAUUGGGAAGUUGCUCGUGGACACUUUCGUCCCAGCAGUAUCGGACUCCACCAUGGACCUGACAUCUGAGAAUCUCAGAAUCAUUUCUGAGUACGGACGCAUUAUCGACGCUAACCCGAUUGACUAUGCUCGCCGAUACGUCGGCCCGGCCCGACCUUCUACCCGAAUGAACGAAGAUGUGGAGAAUGACUCAGAGUCCCCGUCGGACGUCCUCGCUAUCGGCCUAUCUCGUGGCAAGGCACUGGACGGCCGGCAACCGGAUAUUGUCCGAUACGAAGACUGUCGGUCAGUCGAGCAGUUUCUCUGGCGCCAACCGACGCCUGCGGUUACGCAUCCGGCCGAGCCGGACCCUUCGGCCGUGCCGAACACUGACGCUUCUACACCCGCGCUGGUUUCAUCAUCUGUUUCGCAACCGCCGCCCCCAGCUGAGGCCGUGCCCUCAACCUUAUCAAACGUGCCCACUACGAAUUCUGCCAUGCCAGAGAACGUGUUCGCCGCGAUUGCCGAACUAGCCCGAACUACCCAAGCGGCGCUUACACAACAGGCCGCCGCUCAACAGUCGUUCCAAGAGCAGCUUCUACGUCGCUUAUCGUCGUCCACCGGGACUGAUUCUCGCGAUCAUCAGCACGGUGCUGCCGUGCCUCCAGCGGCUGGGGCACCAUCCGGCAGUCUACCGAACGACCACCGUGGUCGAAAUUCCCGAGAGCGCCGUGCUCACUGCGGGCGAAGCUCAAGCCCUCCGCCUAGACCACGCCAUACACGCGAGUGGUCCCGGAGCCGGUCUCGCGACCGCCCCCGCUACAGCGGGCGCAGCAGAUCUCGCGAUCGCAAGGGCGCGGGCCAUGGUGGCCAACAACUCCUUCACCGUCCGUUACAGCAGCAACACGUCGCCGCCACUGACGCACGUGCGUACGGGCGUUGGGACGACGCCAGCUACGGACAUUCCCGUCCUUCAGAGGUCAUCCACCGGGACGACCGAUACGACCAUUACUUAGGAAACUCUCACGACCACGGCGCAUCUGGGCCUUACGAUCACUCGCAUCGACACUCGAAUUAUGGCUACGGCAGCCCUCGGACGGCUUCAGGCGGGUACACAUCCGGGACGCCUGCCCUCAGCCAGUUCGGGUUUGGACCUGGAACCGAUUACCGUCAUUCUGGCGGCGGCUUCCACCCCCGUGAUUCCGGACGCCAAGACUUGACGCUGGAACUAGCUGGAACUACUGGAUUUCGACCGUCCCCCGCGGAACUUAGGGCUCACAGGACCGCGCGCGUUGGGCCCCGUCCGAAUAAUGAGUUUAUUGAGUCUAAUCUUGUUUCGUUUUGGCAGCUGUCAGCUUUAGACCGGGUCUCUACUAUUCUUCAUGAGGAGACACGACGCGGGCAAUAUCGUGUUACCAAGGUCACAGCCAAGAUGGUGUUUGCGGUGGACUUCGGAACACGGCCGAUCGACCACUUCCUCCCGCCCAGUGCCCACGGCGACGGCGGCCGUACCGUGGUGCACGACUCGUCCACAUGGACAUCAGGCGAUUCUGUACCGGGUGGACUCAUCACGUCGAUGGACGACCUACGGGCAACACUACAAUGCAUUCGAGAAGUGGCUACUGAGUGGUACCCACGCGAAAAUGUGGACGUCUUCGCUGCAGUCUGUGCUGAUGCCACAUCACGGGUGCUCAACAAUGCUCCCACCGGACUAGUUCACGCUAUGAUUAACCUCUACACUCAUGUGUUUUCGAGACUGUUCAUCGCCAUUAGCCAAAACGCCGACCCUGCGUCACUGGUGGAACAAGCGCGGUCAGUCAUGGCUUCUGACUCGCCGGAUUACCUCCGGCUCGUACGCCAAGUUAUCGACCACGGUCUAAUCUCGAGUUGGGCGCAGUCCCAACGUUCCUCUUCCCACCGCAGCAACACUACCGCGUACGGUCCAUCAACCAGGCCUUCCGCCCACUCGGGCUCUCACCGCGAGUCCCGUCAAACCCGCCAACAAGUUUCUCCGGUUCCGGAAGCGAUUCUGCAGCAAAUUCCCAAGCGCAACAACAAAACGGUCUGCCUCAAGUUCCAAACCCAACGGGGCUGCGAAUUCCGGAGCUGCAAGUACGCCCAUGACCUCGAACAACUCCCGGAGGAGGUGGUGACAUACGCCACCGGCAAGUAUGGGCCUCUGGCAUCAGGCCAUCCCAACUUGUCGGCUUGA